AUACUUUGUAUCAAGUAGUCCUUCUCGAACUUGUUGUCGUGGAUGACAACGUACGUGGUGGGCUAGGACCCCUGGACUUUACCGGCAGGCAACUAACUUAUCGGCGGCGAGGCUGAGACUCCAAGCUUGCUCCCUUCUCUUCCCACUCUUGUUUCUCCAUAUUCUCAAUUGUUUAUCAAGGUCCUGGCGACCACUUUCCUAUUUUCGGUUCGUCAAUUUCCACAUUAUUGUUUCCACCACCAUGUCUGGUCGUUUCGUCCGAUCGUCGAAGUAUCGACACGUUUUUGGCCAACCCACAAGACGAGAACAAUGCUAUGACAACCUGCGAGUGUCCCGCAAUGCUUGGGACACCAACCUGCUCAAAGUCAAUCCCCAAUACCUGGCAGUUAACUGGGAGGCCGGUGGUGGCGGUGCGUUUGCGGUCAUUCCUCUUGAAGAGCGAGGGAAACUCCCCGAGAAGAUGCCCUUGUUCCGAGGACACACAGCCGCUGUCCUCGAUACCGACUGGAACCCUUUCAGUGACUCCCUGAUUGCGUCCGGUUCCGAUGAUGGCAAGAUCUUCCUUUGGCGUGUACCCGACAACUUUACCAUUCGCCCCGACGUCGAACCCGAUCAAAUCCAAGAUAUCUCUCCCGUCGGCAAAUUGAGUGGACAUCCCAAGAAGGUUGGGCACGUCUUAUUCAACCCUGCCGCCGAGAACGUGCUCGCGACAGCGUCAGGCGAUUUCACAAUCAAAAUCUGGGACAUUGAAGCCGGUGCCGCCAAAUAUACCUUGAAACUAGGCGAUAUUGUCCAGUCUCAGUCAUGGAGCGCCAAUGGAUCACUUCUCGUAACAACAUCCCGUGACAAGAAGCUGAGGCUGUGGGAUGUUCGCCAAGAGCGCCCUGCUCAGGAAACUGCAGGACAUUCUGGAGCCAAAAACAGCCGAGCCGUAUGGAUGGGCGAACAUGACCGCGUUGUCACAACCGGUUUCUCUAAGAUGAGUGAUCGUCAGCUCGCUCUCUGGGACAUUCGCGCGGCUCGUGAACCCAUUAGCGGGUUCAAGACGCUGGACUCUAUCUCUGGUGUGUGCGUUCCUUUCUGGGAUGACGGUACUCAAUGUCUAUACUUGGCUGGUAAAGGUGACGGUAACAUUCGCUACUUCGAGUACGAAAACGACAAAUUCGAGUUUCUGUCCGAAUAUAAAUCAAGUGAUCCUCAACGAGGACUUGCUUUCAUGCCCAAGCGCGGUGUCAAUAUCCAUCAAAAUGAAGUCGUCCGUAUCUACAAAUCCGUGGCUGACACAUAUAUUGAGCCGAUAUCCUUCAUCGUGCCUCGUCGGUCUGAAAAUUUCCAAGACGAUAUUUACCCUCCCACCACUGGUAUUACGCCUGCUAUGAGCUCUGCUGAAUGGCAAGCAGGCAAGGAAGCUAUACCACCCAAGAUUUCCAUGGAGGGUAUCUAUGACGGCACUGGACUCAAGGAGGUGACUCCAACUCAAAACAAGCCGACAUCCACGAUAACCGCCGAUACUCCUAAGCCUACUGAAGCUCCCAAGUCUACUAUUGCAGAACCCGUCCGCGCAGAGCCUACCCCAGUGGUGGUGCGACCUGCCCCUUCAAUGAAAGACCAAGGUGCAUCCAUGGCCGCAAUGGUCGACAAGUUCGCCGACGAUGACGAGAAGGAAGAAGAAAUUGAUGACGCAUCCAGCUUUGAAGAAGUCACAAAGCCAGUGGAGCGAGCGACAGCCGCGCCUGUUGUCAGUAAACCAGCUCCUCCAAUCAAAGAAAAAGAAGCUACGACCCCUGUGACUUCUACACCCACUAUCGAAACACCAAAAAUUACCAUCGAAAAUCCUACUACUACCACUUCGACCUCUGUAUCCGACGACAUUGCCGAAAUCAAAGCAUUGAUUGCUCAGCAGACCAGGACCAUUGCAUCCCAAGCCGAACAGAUGCAGAAUCUUACUGCGGAAAUUGAAUCUCUGAAGGCCAAACUCAACUAAGCUUACUCCAAAUUAGUUGACCAGCUUUGUUUUUGUGUCUUGGUAUAAGCUAUACAGGAGGAAAAUUCCUUGAUGAGCUCUGUGUGGGCUUUUUUUAAUUGUCGCCGGAUAUCUUCUUUCUUCUUCUCCAUUUUUCUCUCGUUUAGUAUCUGUUUGUAAAGUCGAAGCAAGCGUUCCAUUUGGGUGCUAAAGGAAAAAUAUGUGUCACUCCUAUCAAUAUCAACAUCAACAUACUCUACAAGAAUGUGACAAAUACGAAUGAACAGAUAGGAAAUUUGAAAUGACAUUGUGCUAAAUAGGACUACUUACUAUAUCC